GCCAUAUAUAGUCUUCGAUUACGCUUACACGUUUUCCGUCCUGAAUCAGCAGCGGAACUGGAGAGAUACUGAAAGGUUCAAGUCCACAGUGUAUUGCAAUUCCAUUGCAAGGAACCGUUAACAUCAAAUAUGGCAAACCCAAAAGUUUUCUUUGAUAUCAGUGUUGACGGCAACAAUAUCGGCAGGAUUGUCAUGGAGCUGAGGGCUGAUGUUGUCCCAAAGACUGCAGAGAACUUCCGCGCCCUGUGCACUGGGGAGAAGGGCUUUGGAUACAAGGGGUCUAGCUUCCACCGUGUCAUUCCCAAAUUCAUGUGCCAGGGUGGUGACUUCACAAACCACAAUGGAACUGGGGGCAAGUCCAUCUAUGGCAGCAAGUUUGCUGACGAGAACUUCACCCUGAAGCACGGCGGUUUGGGAACCCUUUCCAUGGCCAAUGCUGGGCCCAACACCAACGGCUCCCAGUUCUUCAUCUGCACAGCUGAUACGCCUUGGUUGGAUGGGAAGCAUGUGGUGUUCGGGAAUGUCGUUGAAGGAAUUGAUGUGGUGAAGAAAGUGGAGGGCCACGGGAGCAGCAGUGGCAAGACCGACGGCAAGAUCGUCAUCGCCGACUGUGGCCAGCUCUGAGCCCCAGCAGCCCUCCCACCCCCUCCGCACCCUCCACCCUCAACACCCCUACACCCCCCGUCCAAAAACGACAGCAUUCCCAACCACAGAGAUGUUUUGGUUAUUUUUUUUAACCUUUCCCUCUCCUUGUCCCUUGAGUUUGUCUGUUCCUAGUCAUAAUGUGCUGCUUUUUGGCUUGCCUUAUGAUUUAUAUAUAUUUUGCAUUUUGGAAGUCCAGCGGCACUGCAGAUUUGUUGAAAGAAAUCUGAAAUAAAAUGGGAACAACUUCCUCAAAGA